AUGAACCCAAUGAAUGGUCCGUCGGGAGCCCCCGCUUUGUGGCAGGAGGCCCGGAAUACCGAUGGGCGGGUCUACUAUUACAAUGUGCAGACGAAGGCAACGCAGUGGGCCAAACCGGCCGAGUUGAUGACACCCGUCGAGCGCGCUCUUGCAAACCAACCAUGGAAGGAAUACACGACAGAUGGAGGGCGCAAGUACUGGUAUCAUACGGAAAGCAAACAAAGUACGUGGGAGAUGCCGGAGGCUUACAAGAAUGCGCUUGCACAAGCACCACCUGCACCGGCCCCUCCAGUUGCUGCUCCCUCCUUCGUAGCGGGUGGUUCCAGCUCCUUCUCACAACCCUCUCAGCGCGAUCGCGACCGUGAUCGUGACCGUGACCGUGACCGUGACCGUGAUCGUGACCGUGACCGUGACCGUGACCGCGACCGCGACCGCGAAGACUUCGACCGGGGAUAUGGCGAACGUGAUCGCCGCGGAUAUGGAUCCUACGAGACGAAUGGAAUGGUCGCUGCGCCUGCAUUGACAACUCAGUCCGAACCCGAGUACGGCUCACUCGAAGAGGCGGAAAGCGCAUUCAUGAAGAUGCUCAAGAGACACAAUGUGCAGCCUGAUUGGACCUGGGAACAGACCAUGCGAGCGACAAUCAAUGAUUCGCAGUAUCGUUCCCUCCGGGAUCCGCGCGACCGCAAGGCAGCUUUUGAGAAAUAUGCGAUCGAGGUUCGCAUGCAGGAAAAGGAUCGGGCGAAAGAAAGAUUCGCUAAGCUCCGCGCAGAUUUCAAUACUAUGCUGAAACGGCAUCCUGAAAUCAAGCAUUACAGUCGUUGGAAAACCAUCCGUCCCAUUAUCGAGGGAGAGACCACAUUCCGGGCUACCAACGAUGAGAAUGAAAGACGCCAGCUAUUUGAAGAGUACGUGAUUGAACUCAAAAAAGCUCACGUUGAAGAAGAUGCUGCGACACGGAAGGCUGCCUUGAAUGAACUGGUUAGCAUUCUUAACUCGCUCAAUCUUGAGCCUUAUACGCGGUGGUCGGAAGCCCAGGCAGUUAUUGAGUCCAAUGACAAGGUUCAGGGCGACGAUAAGUUCAAGACCCUGAGCAAAUCCGAUAUUCUGACCGCAUUUGAAAAUCACAUCAAGUCUUUGGAGCGCGCUUUCAACGAUGCUCGCCAAGAGCAGAAAGCUGUUAGAGCAAGAAAGGAACGUCGCAACCGGGAGCAGUUCAUGGAACUGUUGAAGGAAUUGCGGUCUCAAGGCAAGAUCAAAGCGGGUACAAAGUGGAUGAAUAUCCGCCCGGAGAUUCAAAAUGAUCCUAGAUAUCAGGCGAUUCUGGGACAGGCUGGAUCGACUCCUCUUGAUCUGUUCUGGGAUGUCGUCGAAGAAGAAGAGCGCACCCUGCGCGGGCCUCGCAACGAUGUACUAGAUGUUCUCGAUGACCAACGCUUUGAGGUUACCUCCAAGACUACUUUCGAAGAGUUCAAUUCCAUCGUGGCCUCUGACCGACGAACCUCCAAGAUUGACGCUGACAUCCUUAACCUCAUCUUCCAGCGCAUCCAAGACAAGGCAAUUCGCCGAGAUGAAGAGGAAAAGCAUGCGGCUGAUCGUCAUCAACGCCGCGCUGUUGACGCUUUGCGCUCUCGCAUUAAACGCCUCGAGCCCCCUGUCCGCGUUAGUGACACAUGGGAGGAUAUCAAGGCUCGUCUCGAAAAAUACGAAGAGUACAAGGCCGUUGAAUCGGACGAGAUUCGUGAGUCUGCCUUUGAGAAGGUCAUUCGCCGUCUUAAAGAGAAAGAGGAAGACGACAAAGAUCGUGAGCUGCGCGAUCGCGAUCGAAGUCGUCGAGACUAUGACCGUGGGGAUCGUGAAUACCGCAGCAGCCGUGGAGAACGACGAGGUGGGAGCCGUGUGAGCCGUUCGCCUGAGCCAGAUGCCUAUGAAGCAGACAGGCGCAAGGCACAGGCAGACCGUGAACGGUCUUACCGCAAGGUCAGCGGCCUCUCCCCAUCUCGUGAUCGCCGCGAAGAUCGUGAUCGCGACCGUGAUCGUUAUCGUGAGCGAGAGCGCGAUCGGGAUCGGGACUAUGAACGCCGCCCCGCCAGAGACUUUGAUCGACGCGAGGAUGAGCGUGAGCGUCUAUACCGUACCCGCGGUGACCCACGCGGUGGCCGUGAUGAGCUCGACUAUGGUGGUGACAGCCGCAGCACGGGCAGCACAGAUCGUCGACGCAGACGCGACAGUGACACUGAAAGUGUGGCCAGUCGCUCUGCCAAGCGGCACCGCCGUGAUAGCCGAGAACGGGACCGUAGCAAGGGUCCGCGACGCGGUGGACGGGAGCCUUCUGCUAUCCCUGAGGAAGAGGCGAAGAAGGAUGAGAAAGCUAUUCACUCGGGUAGCGAGGAGGGUGAGAUUGAAGAGGAUUAG